AUUAAUAAUGGCGUAGCGGGCAGCGGUUAUUGUUUGGUUUUGGAGGUUUUUGACUUAUUUUUGGCUGUUGUUUAAAUUACAGCCAUUAGUUUGUGUUUAGGAAAAAUGUUACUAUAUUUACUUUGAAAAUGCAUAUAAAACAGAUUAUUAUACAAGGCUUUAAGAGCUAUCGAGACCAAACAGUGGUUGAUCCUUUUGAUAAAAGGCAUAACGUCGUUGUUGGACGUAAUGGAUCUGGAAAAAGUAAUUUUUUCUACGCUAUACAAUUUGUCCUUAGUGAUGAGUUUUCGCACUUACGACCAGAGCAGCGUCAAGCUCUACUGCAUGAAGGCACAGGGCCCAGAGUGGUCUCUGCAUAUGUUGAAAUCAUUUUUGAUAAUUCAGAUGGCAGAGUACCUAUUGAGCAUGAAGAGGUAUUACUAAGAAGAGUGAUUGGCGCAAAGAAAGAUCAGUAUUUUUUAAAUAAAAAAGUGGUACCCCGUAGUGAAGUCAUGAACUUAUUAGAAUCGGCAGGAUUUUCUAAUUCUAAUCCGUAUUAUAUUGUUAAACAAGGAAAAAUUAAUCAAAUGGCUACUGCCCCAGAUGCUCAUCGCUUAAAGCUUUUAAGAGAGGUGGCUGGAACCCGUGUGUAUGAUGAACGUCGCGACGAAUCCUUGGCCAUUUUGCGUGAGACCGAGGGCAAAGUUGAAAAGAUCGAAGAAUUUUUGAGAACAAUUGAAGAACGAUUGAGCACUCUUGAAGAAGAGAAAGAAGAGCUUCGUCAGUACCAGCAACAUGAUAAAAUACGACGUGCCCUCGAGUACAUCAUUCAUGAGGUGGAAUUAAACGAAACUAAAAAGAAAUUAUCUGAGUUGGAGAAAUUGAGAAAUGAGUCCGGCACAGAGCAGGAGAAGUUGGCGACCAAUCUUAAGAAAGCCCAAGAUCAAAUUAAGGCACUAGCUAAAAAGACAAAAGAAUCCAAAAAGGAGUUAUCUACCAUAAAAGACGAAAGAGAUAUGAGAAAUAAUGAAUAUCAGCAUUCAAUUAAAGAGAAGGCCAAAUUAGAUCUUACAAUAAAAGAUUUGACCGAGGAAGUGCAGGGGGAUAAUAAAUCCAAAGAACGUGCCGAAAAUGAGUUGGCUCGCCUGACUCAAUCGAUCAAAGAGAAGGAAGCCGAGUUAGAGAAGGUAAAACCUCAAUAUGAAGGCAUGAAAAGGAAGGAAGAAGAGUGUACACGUGAACUGGCUCUAAAAGAACAGAAACGAAAAGAGUUAUAUGCCAAGCAAGGUCGAGGUAGUCAAUUUACAUCAAAAGAUGAACGUGACCGUUGGAUUCAAAAUGAGCUCAAGUCACUGAAUAAGCAGUUGAAGGAUAAGCGUGAACACAGAGAUCGUCUAACUGAGGAUCUUAAGCGAGAUGCUGCGAAGCAAGUCGAACUUUCAAAGAAAAUUGAAGAGCAAACUCAAGAAAUGGAACGCCAACGUGUGUGCAUCGAUGAGCACAAUAAGCAAUGUUACGAGCUCAAGAAAAACAAGGAUCAGUACCAAACCACUAGAAAUGAACUGUGGCGCAAAGAAAACAAUGUUCAACAAAAUUUGUCUUCGUUAAAAGAAGAUUUGGCUAAAGCCGACCAAGCGUUGCGAUCAAUGGCCGGUAAACCCAUCUUAAAUGGGCGUGAUAGUGUACGUAAGGUGCUUGACACAUUUACAACUCGAGGGGGAAGAGAUGCGGAGAUUGUGAGGUCAUAUUAUGGGCCGGUGAUCGAAAACUUCAACUGUGAUAAGUCGAUAUAUACUGCAGUGGAGGUCACAGCGGGAAACAGACUGUUUCAUCAUGUCAUAGAUUCUGAUAAGGUUGGAACUCAAAUUUUGAAGGAGAUGAAUCGGCAGAAGUUACCUGGUGAGGUGACUUUCAUGCCAUUUAAUCGUCUUAAUGUUAGGGACAUGGAUUAUCCGCAGGAUGCGGAUGCCAUUCCAAUGGUGUCCAAAUUGCGAUAUGACGAAAAAUAUGAUAAGGCCAUAAGGUACCUGUUUGGAAAAACACUUAUCUGUCGUAAUUUGGACGUCGCGACAAAGCUUGCGCGUACAACUGGUUUAGAUUGUGUAACACUUGACGGAGAUCAGGUAUCUUCUAAGGGUUCCUUAACUGGUGGUUACUUUAACACAUCUCGAUCUCGGUUAGAAAUGCAGAAAACGCGAAGCGAAUUAAUGGAACAAAUUAAACAGUGCGAAGAGAAACUUACAAGUCUCAGGGAUGAAUUACGUAAAACCGAAUCGACGAUCAACAGUAUUGUAUCAGAGAUGCAAAAAACUGAAACCAAAAACAGUAAAGCGAAGGGAAUUUUUGAUAAAGUGAAGGGUGAAUUACGAUUGAUGAAAGAAGAGUUGGCCAGCAUAGAACGGUUUCGAACUCCCAAAGAGCGAUCCGUAGCCCAAUGUAAAUCAAACUUGGAAGCAAUGCAGACCACUAAAGAAGGUUUAGAAUCCGAACUUCACCAAGAAUUGAUGGCCCAGUUAUCGGUGGCAGAUCAAGCAGAAGUUGAUACAUUGAAUGAUGAUAUUCAGCGCCUACAAAGGGAGAACAAAGAUGCCUUUAGUAUGAGAAUGAAAUUAGAAGCUGAGAAAAAUAAAUUGGACAAUUUGUUAACCAAUAACUUAAUAAGAAGACGAGACGAAGUGCUCCACGCGUUACAGGAAAUCUCUUUGGAGGAUCGUAAGCGACAAUUGAUUAAUUCAAAAGCGGAGCUCGAGGACGUCGACCGUAAAUUGGAAAAAUAUGACAAAGAAUUGUCGGUCAUGGAAGUAAAAGUGAAAGACAUGACGAAGAAGCUGAAAUCAGAACAAGGAGAACUGGACAAAUGGAAAAAAACGGAGAAGGAGGCCCAAGAUAAAAUUGAUGAAGACGCAAAACACUUGGAGAAAUUUGCAACAAAACAAAAUCUUUUAGAACAAAAAAUAACGGAAUCGGUUGAAAAAAUCAAUCAACUUGGUGCGUUGCCUGCGGAUGAUUUAUACUCUCAGUAUGUUCGGUACUCUUCCCGAGCGCUAUUCAAAGAAUUAGAAAAGACUAAUAAUCAACUGAAGAAGUAUAGUCACGUUAAUAAGAAGGCAUUAGAUCAGUUUAUGAGUUUUUCCGAUCAGAAAGAAAAACUCCAAAAACGAAAGGAGGAACUUGAUAGAGGGGAUGAAAAAAUUAAGGAAUUGUUGGCUAUGUUAGAGCAACGCAAAAUGGAAGCCAUUCAAUUUACUUUCAAGCAAGUAUCAAAAUUCUUCACUGAAGUGUUUAAGAAGUUAGUGCCGCAGGGAAGAGCCAAACUUGUCAUGAAAGUCGUUGAUAACGAAGAAGGACGUGAAAUUGGUCCCGAAGAUACGAACUCUGACAAUUUUACGGGAAUAGGAGUAAGAGUUUCGUUUACAGAGUCGGACGCGGAAAUGAGAGAAAUGAAUCAGUUGUCGGGCGGACAAAAAUCAUUGGUAGCUUUAGGUUUAAUUUUCGCAAUUCAGAAAUGCGAUCCUGCCCCAUUUUAUUUAUUUGACGAAAUAGAUCAAGCUUUAGAUGCCCAACACAGGAAGGCCGUCGCCAACAUGAUACACGAACUUUCAGGCGAGGCUCAAUUCAUUACUACCACAUUUAGACCAGAAUUGUUAGAUCAUGCAAAUAAAUUUUAUGGUGUUAAGUUUCGGAAUAAAGUUAGCCAUAUUGAAUGUGUUAGUCGUGAGGUUGCGAGAGAUUUUGUUGAAGAUGAUCAGACUCAUGGAUAAAAUCAUUUUUAAUUCCUAUGCAUAACUACAUCGUGUACAAAAUUACAUUAUAUACAUUUUUUUAGUGUUUGUUAAAAUAGUGGUGUAAUAUUUUUAAGAUUCAAGUUUGUGUUUCAUGGUUUCCCAACCAUUUUUGUAAUAAAACUUAUUUUUUCUUUUAUUUCAA